AUGGAAACUAAAAGACUAAUUUUAACUCUCUUCCUUCUCUUCUUGCUCUCCAAAUCCUCUGCUUUUCCUAGCCGAAAUAUUCGAUCUCAUAAACCUUGCAAAAGAUUAGUCUUCUAUUUCCACGACAUCAUUUACAACGGCAAGAACUCCAAAAACGCAACAGCAGCAAUUGUGGGUGCACCAGCUUGGAGCAACAAGACCAUAUUGGCUAAUCAAAACCAUUUUGGUGACUUGGUUGUCUUUGAUGACCCCAUUACCUUAGACAACAAUGUACACUCAACCCCAGUUGGUCGUGCACAAGGGAUUUAUGUAUAUGACAAUAAAGAAAUCUUCACUGCUUGGCUUGGUUUCUCUUUUGUUUUCAACUCUACUGAGCAUAAAGGAAGCAUAAACUUUGCUGGGGCUGAUCCAUUGAUGAACAAGACUAGGGAUGUUUCAGUGAUUGGUGGUACUGGAGACUUUUUCAUGGCUAGAGGUAUAGCCACAUUGAUGACUGAUUCAUUUGAGGGUGAAGUUUAUUUCAGACUUCGUGUUGAUAUUAAGUUGUACGAGUGUUGGUAA